AUGGCAAAUUUCUUUGUAAAAAAAUGGAUUGUGAUGCUAUUCUUCAUACGAUCUACAUUUGCACAACAGUGCGAUCAACCUUUGACAACAGCACGGUUCGAUUGUUAUCCUGAACCUUUUGCAUCACAAGAAAAAUGUCUGGCUCGUAAUUGUUGUUGGAAACCGAUGAAUCAGUUGUCCGAAAUGCUCUCGACCAAUGCUCUUGAAAUGGACGUGCCUUCGUGUUAUUAUCCACGAGACUUUCCAACCUAUCAAAUAAAGACUAAUGAAUCAACUGCUUUUGGUCAACGGUUAAUAAUUGUUAAACAAAACUCGACCUAUAUGCCGAACGAAAUUUUGAGUUUAACAGUUGAUCUUUUCUACGAAACAGCACAACGAUUUCGUCUACGAAUUUAUGAUUCAACGAAGAAACGCUUCGAAGUACCACUUGAAGUACCUGUCGUCAAAACAAAAGUGAAUGUCACUGAUUACGAAGUUUCACUUAGUCAAGCACCAUUUGCCAUUCUUGUUAAACGAAAAUCGACUGGUGUAACAAUUCCAUAUCUCUAUGGUCUUGGUGAACAUCAGCAACCAUUGUUGAUCAAUGUCACAAAUCAAUGGAAUAAACUAACAUUUUGGACUCGUGAUACUCCUCCAGUUCAGGACGUCAAUCUGUAUGGUGUUCACCCAUUUCACAUCAAUGUGGAAAUGAAAACCAAUAUGUUGACUAAUUUCCAUGGACAAUUUUUUCUCAAUUCGAAUGCGAUGGAUAUCGAUCUUCAACCAUUACCCGCCAUUAGUUAUACAACGAUUGGAGGCAUCAUUGAUUUGUACUUGUUUACUGGACCUACAACACAAGACGUCAUACAACAAUAUUGGGAUGUGAUCGGAAAACCGACAAUGCCACCCUAUUGGUCUCUUGGUUUUCAUUUGUGUCGUUAUGGUUAUAAUAAUAUCGAUAAUUUACGAGCCGUUAUUCAACGAAUGCAUGAUGCCAAAUUUCCAUAUGAUGUUCAAUGGACUGAUAUUGAUGCAAUGUCCUCUCAUCUUGAUUUUACCUAUGAUCAAAAGAACUUCAAUGGUCUACCAGAUCUUGUUCAUUCUUUACAGUCUGAAGGUAAACAUUAUGUCAAUAUCAUUGAUUGCGGUAUCAGUUCAACACAACCAUCUGGAACCUAUCCACCAUAUGAUGAGGGUUUGAAAAGAGCAAUUUUCAUGACUAAAUUCAAUUCAACUGAACCAAUUACUGGAGAAGUUUGGCCAGGAUUAACAGUCUUUCCAGACUUUACAAAUGCGAGCACUAUUGAAUGGUGGACACACAUUGCUGCUACAUUUCAUGAUACGAUUCCGUUCGAUGGUAUUUGGAUUGAUAUGAAUGAACCAUCAAAUUUUAUCGACGGUUCUCAUGAUGGUUGUACGAAUAAUUCAUUAGAUAAUCCUCCAUUUGUUCCACGUAUUGAUCAACAAUUCCUCAUCGGUCGUGCUAUUCUCGUCUCACCAAAUCUUGUUUCAAAAGCAACUACAGUGAAUGUUUAUAUUCCAGAAGAUGUUUGGUAUCAAUUUUCGUCGGGUGUCAAAGUUAAAGUUGUCGGUGUAUUUACUGAUCUUGAUGCUCCUUUAGAAAAGAUUAAUGUUCAUGUUCGAGGUGGUUUUAUUAUACCUAUGCAAAUGCCUGGAGCUAAUCUGAUGGUCGGUCGUGGAAAUCCAUUUACUCUACUUGUUGCUCAAUCAGCUUUGGGAAAUGCAAGUGGAAAUUUAUUUUGGGAUGAUGGUGACUCCAUUGAAUUUGGUCUUCGAGAGCAGAGAGUAGCAUCAACAACAGUAUCUUCUGUACGUGAACCAAUUAAUUGGAGAUCAAUUCGAUUGGAUCCACCUGCUGAGACUUCAGUUACUUCUGUGCUUGUGCCAGAUUUCGAACAAGCCACAAUAGUAUUAGAUAACGAACAAUACUCUCAAUAUGCAGUUGCUCCAGCUACUCCUCCACCACCAUCCUAUUAUAAAGUUAUUGACUCAUUUUCAAAAGCAACCUUUAGCAAUUGUCCAAAAUGUAAUAAUCAAAAAAGUAUAUUUAAUGCACAAUAUUGUACACAAUGUGGAUACGGUUAUUUGUGA